UAACAAGGUCACUAAAAUGCAUUCCAAUUGGUGAAAAAAACAAGUCCUCGCCACCACGCACCAACACCAUCAACCACCCCGCUGUUUAUAUAUACAACUCUAUUUCUUUAUCUUUCUAAGAUUCUUUCUCACACACCCUCAUUUCACUGUAUCACCCACCCCUCUUAAUUUCUCAAUUUAUAGUGCCUCGAAGCUUCAUUUAGGAAUUCGUUUAUUUAUGGCCUUGCUGUAAUUUUCUCGAGUGCUCAUUCCUUGUGCAUUUCAUUCUAGUUGCUACACCAUUUCCUAUUAUAUCGUAUUAGUACUACUUAUACCCGCCACCAACCGAGAAUCCGUUAUCACCAUAAGUCCAUAACCAUUGGCUCUGCUUUCUCCUUAGCUAAUUAAUCAAGAUAAUUGUUCAAAACUAAAGAUACAGAGACAUUACCAAUUAUGAGAAUCUCCAUGGCUAUCUCCACUUCUCUCAUUAUUCAGAGCCUUCUUUUGCUCACCUUCUGUCAAGGUAUAUUGGGGGCUACAUUUACAUUUGUGAACAAGUGUGACCACACUGUAUGGCCUGGGAUUCUAGGCACACCAAAACUGGACAGCACCGGUUUCGAGCUAACCAAAGACACUUCUCGUUCAUUUCAAGCUCCGACCGGUUGGUCAGGCCGGUUCUGGGGUCGAACCGGCUGCAAUUUCGACGAUUCAGGGACCGGUUCAUGUGCUACAGCCGAUUGCGGUUCGGGUCAAAUGGAGUGCAACGGCGGUGGCGCCGCAACUCCGGCGACACUAGCAGAGUUCACACUCGGGUCGGGUUCACAGGAUUUCUAUGACGUCAGCUUAGUAGACGGGUACAAUUUACCUAUGAUGGUGGAUGUGAGUGGCGGGUCGGGUCCUUGUGCGUCGACGGGUUGCAACGUGGACUUGAACCAAAAGUGUCCGACGGAGCUGAGGGUGGAGGGCGGCGGAGCGUGUAAGAGCGCGUGUGAUGCUUUUAAGACUCCACAGUACUGUUGUGCAGGUGCUUAUGCUUCGCCGGCGACGUGCUCGCCGUCGGUGUACUCGCAGAUGUUUAAGUCGGCGUGUCCAAAAUCGUAUAGCUAUGCAUACGAUGAUGCGACAAGUACAUUCACAUGUUCUAAUGCCAAUUACAUCAUCACAUUUUGUCCCUCCUCUCUACCCAGCAAAAGUGCUUCAAGAUCAAACGGAUCAACAGAUGAGUCAGGUUCAGGGUCACUUCCAAGUUAUGAGUCGGGAUCAGAUUCUGGGUCACUUCCUGAUUCUGAAUCAGGGUCAGGGUCGAUGAGUCAAACAAUGCUAGCCGAUGGAUCUUGGUUAGCAAGUUUGGCUACAGGGAGCUCAGCUAGUACUCGACCUUCAAGGGUUAUUCAAUUCACAACGCUAAUGAUGGCUUUUGUACUUUUUAUAGGUUUAGUUUUGAAAUUAUAGAGUUUAUAAUUACUACUUUAAAUUUCAUUGAGUAGAGUUAGAUAAGAUUGUUAAUUGUUAAAUUAAGAAAAAGAAAGAUCAAACGAAUGGAUAAAGCACCAACGUGCUACCUUUUGUUAAA